GCACCGGUAGCUCUCUGCCAGCCGGAAGUGCUAGCGGUGUCAGUAGUGGAGAAUGAGUGUGUGUGCGGUUAGUGCGCUGUUAUCCCGGUCGGUCCGGACUGCUACUCGGUGGCAGAUUUUACGGAUCUUACCAUCUUGCUAUUGCACCUGUGCACUUACAUCUAGAUUCAGUCAGUUGGGAAAUGUAAAAUCUGUUUUAAGGACGUCGUCUGCAGGAAUAAAUACAAAUUCUCUACAGUCUAGAAUACAAGAAUUGAUAACCAUUAAUGAAGAACCAGACGUUCUGUACAAGAAAAUAGAAGUGUUAGCAAAAUGUCAUGACAAGUCUGUGCUGGACAGCUAUGAGUAUUUUGUUGUUCUUGCUGCUAAAGAACUUGGAAUCUCCUUGGUGCAUGUAUAUGAGCCCAAGAGGAAGAUUGAACGGUUCACACUUCUAAAGUCUGUGCAUAUUUUCAAAAAGCACAGAGUUCAGUAUGAAAUGAGGACACAUUACAGGUGUUUUGAGUUAAAGCAUAUAACUGGCAGUACUGCAAAUGUGUACCUGGAAUAUAUACAGCGUAACCUACCAGAAGGAGCUGCUUUGGAAAUUACAAAGACAACACUUGAGAAACUUCCAGACCAUAUAAAAUAUCCAGUAUGGGACCAACUAUCAAAGGAAGAGAAUGAGAAGACUACUUUGUAAAUCCAUUUCAUGAUUAUUUUUUUCUUCCUUCAGAUAUUUAGACAAUUAAAAAUAAAUGAACUAUUCCUAAAACCAAA